AUGACCAAAGGAAGAACCAUCCAGCACCGGGGAUCGGACACCGCCAAGGCAAGGAGCCAACAACGAAGUCGACGGAAGAUUCAGCUGUUCCUAAAAGCAUAUGAAUAUUGCCAGGAGUGUGACGCGGAUAUUUCCUUGACAAUUCGAUUGAGGCAUAGCGGCGAGAUUGUCUUUUUUAAUUCGGACGGGAGCUGGUCUCCUUCGAAAGAGCAGCUGGCGACGUACUAUCCGAGACCCAAAGAGAUUACUUGGCAGGAACUGGCUGCUCGAUAUAAUCCCUAA